GCUCCAUGUGCAGCAGGUGCUUUCGCCUCGACGUUAAAAUUUCCCGGCCUUGAGCUUCAGCCUUCCUAUUUGGUCCUUCCGUGACCAAUUCUCUUUAUCGACUCGCCUGCAAACAUCUCGCCUCCUUUCCUUAGCUUCUCUAUUCCAUCACAGACAACCCCACCUCUUAGCAGGCAAGCCUUCUUUUGCCACGGUAUCUUCCCCUUCCUUCCAUCGCAGAGACAAAGACCCGACCUGCGCCCAGCGCACCCCUCGAAAAUGAGUAACGACAUGCGCGACCUGAUCGACGGGGAGGCCGAGCUCGACGAGGAGGAGGACGAUGAGUCGUUUGAUGAAGAGACUGGCGAGUCCCGUGCGAGAGAUCGGAACGACAUCCUGGAUGAUUCCAGCGAGGAGGAUGAAGACGAUGAUGACGAGGAGGAAGCUCGACGGAUCCGGGAAGGUUUUAUUGUCGAUGAGGACGAGGAGGAAGAGGCCGACGACUCGGAAGAACGCGAGCGUCGCCGGAAGAAGAAGCGCCGACGGGCAGAGCGCGAGGAAGAAGAGCAACUGGAUGAGGAGGAUCUCGACCUGAUUGGCGAAGCCAACCCCGAGUGGGAGCGGAAAUCCCAGCCCCAGACAAAGUUCAAGCGUCUCAAGCGGGGCCAUCGGGACGAGGACCGCGGAAAUGAGCGCCGCGGCCUCGCCGAGAUUUUCUCGGACGAUGAGGACGACGUGGUUGACGAGCGUCCAUACGGCCGGGCCAGCCACCGCGCACAGGCCGACGAGUUCGACGACUUCAUCGAGGAUGACUAUCCCGAGGACGACGAGGAGCGCAUCCAGCGCCAGGUGGACAGAGAAGUUGCCCGCCCCAGGGAUAAGGGCCUCGCCGUCGAUGCCACCGGUCUCGACAAAGACGCGCUUGACGACAUGGAGGCCAUCUUCGGCAACGGCGAAGACUAUGAUUGGGCCUUGGAGCAGGAGGAAGUUGACGAAGAUCUCGAGCGCGAGCAACAGACGAUCGAGCUCAAGGACGUCUUCGAGCCGUCGCAAUUGCAGGAAAAGCUUCUCACGGACGAAGACAACCAGAUCCGUAUCGUUGACGAACCAGAGCGCUUUCAACUCGACCGCAAGCCCUUCAAAGAGCAGCAGACGUCAAACGAGUAUUUCAAGGAGGAGGCGCGCUGGAUCACAAAUCUCAUGUGGCCCAAGAAGCAGCUGCCCAGUGACCUGCACGGACCCUUCAACAAGGCUAUCUACAAGGUCCUCGAGUUUUUCAUUAUCGAUGGGGUCGAAGUUCCCUACGUCUUCCAGCACCGAAGAGACUACCUAAUCCAUGCCAAAAAGAUUCGGAACCAAGACGGCCGCGACCACCCGGACGCGCCCGAGUAUACGGUCGAUGCCGAGAAGCUGCUGACCCAAGACGACUUGUGGCGCAUCCUGGAGCUCGACAUCAAGUUCCGCUCGUUGGUUGAGAAGAGGAAUGCCCUGGAGAAGUCUUUUGCCGGCCUCAAGGAGGCAGGCGUGGAGGACCAUAUCCUCGAGGAAAUGAUCCGCGAGGCCGCCACGCUGGAAGAGCUGCAGGACCUGCAGGAUUAUCUGAACUUCCAGUACUCGGCACAGCUCAAGGACAUCGCUGCCAUGGGAAACGGCGCUUCCAAGGAGGUGAAGCGGCCUGGCGCCAAGACCGCUCUGUUCGAGCGCAUCCGGAGAUCCAAGGCCUACAACUUCGUGCGUGCUCUGGGCAUCUCGCCCGACCGCCUCGCCAAAAACGCGCUGCGCGAAGGCAAGAAGGUGUCGUCAGAUGACGAUGCCAAGCUGCCUAUGGACCUGGCCGACUCCUUGGUCGAUGACGAUUUUCCGACUGGCAGCCAGGUCGUGACUGCUGCACGCCAGAUGUACGCCGAGGAACUCUUCAUGAGCCCGCGCAUGCGCAAGCAUUUCCGCAUCCAAUUCUACGCCAUGGGCUGCGUGAGCUGCCACCGGACCGAAAAAGGCCUCCGGAAAAUCGACGAGGCACAUCCGUACUACGAGAUAAAGUACCUGAUCAACCACACCAUCAGGGACCUGGCUGUCCGGCCCGAGAUAUUCUUGAAGAUGAUGAAGGCCGAAGACGAGGGUCUUGUCGAGGUCCAACUCCGCUUGGAGAACGAGCGCGAAUUCCGGCGACAGCUCUACAACGAAUUCGCAUCCGACAACUUCAGUGAAUCAGCCGAUGCGUGGAACUCGGAACGCCAAAAGGUUCUCGACAUUGCCUUUUCCAAGCUCGAGAAGGUGAUCGCCAAGGGGGUUAAGGACUCGCUGCGGACCGCCUGUCAAGAGGAGCUUCUCAAGACCUGCCGCGAGGAGUAUUUCAAGCGGCUUGACCAGGCGCCUUUGAAACCCAAGGGGAUGGUGCUUGGUACCACGCCACGCGUGCUCACGCUGUCCAACGGUAUGGGCGAUCCAAACCGGGACCCCAUUUACUGGACGUGGGUCGAGGAGGACGGCAGAGUGGUGGAGCAUGGCAAGUUCAUCAACUUGGCGAGAGAUGAGAGCCAGCGCGAGCUCUUCGCCGAGCUGGUCCGUCGGAGAAACCCCGAUGUCGUGGGCGUAUCCGGCUUCUCGGCAGACACCCACCGGCUGAUCAAGGAUAUCGAGGGCAUCAUCAGCGAGAAAGGACUGAUGGGACCCGAGUACGAUGACCCCGAGGCGAACGAAUACAGGAGCGACUUGCUCGAGGUCGUCGUAGUCAACGACGAGGUGGCGCGGCUGUACAAGGACAGCCCUCGUGCGGUGGCAGAGCACCCGACGCUGAACUCUCUAAGUCGGUAUUGCAUCGCCCUUGCCCGAUACAUGCAGAACCCUAUGAAGGAAUAUGCAGCAUUGGGCAGGGACGUCACGUCGCUGCUGAUCCAUCCGUACCAGCAGUACCUGCCGCAAGAUAAGCUGUACAAGCACCUCGAGACUGCGAUGGUGGACAUCGUCAACCUCUGCGGCGUGGACCUAAACGAAGCGAUUGGAGAUCCCUACACGGCCAACCUGCUGCCCUACGUUGCGGGUCUCGGCCCGCGCAAGGCUCAGCUCCUCAUCAAGGGUGUCAACGCCAAUGGCGGCGUCGUCACUUCCAGGGACGAGCUUGUGGGCGAUCCGGAGCGACAUAAGAUCCCGGUUCUUGGCCCUCGAGUGUGGAACAACGCGGCGAGCUUCCUGUACAUUGAGCACGACAGCACCAAUCCGGACUCGGAUCCGCUCGACAACACGCGUAUCCAUCCCGAGGACUACGAUCUGGCGCGCAAAGUGGCGGCAGAUGCGUUGGGGUUGGACGAAGAGGACGUCAAGGCGGAGGUAGACGAGAACGGGCCGGGGGCGAUUGUGCGCAAGCUCUUCAAGGAGGACGAGCAGGAGAAGGUCAACGAGCUCAUCCUCGAGGAGUACGCCGAGCAGCUGGAGCGCGAAUACCAGCAGCGCAAGCGAGCCACGCUAGAAGCGAUCCGCGCCGAGCUCAUGGGUCCCUAUGAGGAGCUCCGCAAGAACUUCGCGGUGCUCAGCACGGACCAGAUCUUUACCAUGUUCACGGGCGAGACGAGGGACUCCCUCUGCGAGGGCAUGAUUGUCCCGGUGAACGUCCGCGUCGUCAAGGACGAUUUUGCCAUCGUCAAACUCGACUGCGGCAUCGAGGGCCGGGUGGAGUCGCACGAGGUCUCGUACCGGCACUCGAUCAAGGACCUGCUGCAGGUCGGGCAGACGGCGCAGGCCAAGCUGAUCGACAUCAACCGGAAGGACUUUGUCUGCAAGCUCACAAUGAGAGAGGAAGAGCUGCGGCGGCCGUUCCGGAGGCAUUACAACUACGCCCGCGACCAGUGGAACUACAAGCUGGAGGAGGCGGACCGGGAGGAACUGCGGGAAAAGGACAAGGUCACUGGCCGCACGCAGAGGGUCAUCAAGCACCCGCUUUUCAAGCCCUUCAACAGCACGCAAGCCGAGGAGUACCUGGGCGGCCUGCCGCCGGGAGAGGUGGUCAUCCGGCCGUCGUCGAAGGGGAACGACCACCUGGCGGUUACGUGGAAGGUCGCCGACGGGGUCUACCAGCACAUUGAUGUGCUGGAGCUGCAGAAGGACAACGAGUUCUCGGUCGGCAAGGUCCUCCGUGUCGGGAACAAGUACACCUACACGGAUCUGGACGAGCUGAUUGUGGAGCAUGUCAAGGCGAUGGCCAAGAAGGUGGAGGAGCUGAUGCAGCACGAGAAGUUCCAGAAGGGAUCUCGUGCGGAUCUCGAGAAAUGGUUGACCACGUACAUCGACGCCAACCCGAACCGCUCCACAUAUGCCUUCUGCCUGGACACGAAGCACCCCGGGUACUUCUACCUCUGCUUCAAGGCGUCGCGGGGGUCAAAAGUCAAUGCGUGGAUGGUCCGGGUCAUUCCGCACGCCUUCGAGCUCCUCAAGAGCCAGUAUCCGGACAUGAGGGCGCUCUGCAACGGCUUCAAGCUGCGGUACCAGAGCGAGAUGCUGAAGAUGCAUGCUGGCGGCGGAGGAAGGGGCCAUUGAUUGUGAUUUUUGUGGGGGGGGGGGGGGGAAACUUGGUUGGAUUUUGGCAGGCGUAACGGCGUCGGAGGAGAUACAUUUCAAUAAUAUGCAACAUACUCCGUACAGCGGCGAAAAUGCCCUUUCAAUUGGAAUACCUUCAAAGGUUUGUGGUACUGUUCAUAGGUACUGUGCAGGAUGACAGGCAGGCGCUCCUCUGUCUCACGCGGUCUGGGUUACCAGAACCACAGAACGGCAUCGUUCACGUUUCGGUUGGUGGAGGGGGGCAGUCUGCGGCAGGGCAGCUCGCGGCUGCACUCCCCCUCAGCUAUUCUUGGUUGGCCCGCUCGGUCCUGCAACCUUGC